UAUGGAAAAAAUUCAAAUUUGCAUUAUCGGUUCGGGUAAUUUGGGCACCGCUUUAGGCAAAAUAGUGGCUGAAAAUGCAGCCGCAUUACUGGAUGUUGAAGACCGUGUAAAUAUGUUUGUCUACGAUGAACUUUUCGAUGGUGUCCGACUCAGUGAAUUGAUCAAUAGUAAUCACAUCAAUGAGAAAUAUUUACCGCAACUCCAGUUGCCCGAGAAUCUGGUGGCCUGUACAGAUUUGGUGGAGACAGCCAAAUAUGCCGACAUUAUUGUUUUUGUAAUGCCAAAACAAUUUAUUGAGGACUUUUGUAAAACUCUUCUGGGCAAAAUUAAACCAAAUGCCAUGGCCAUUUCGGUUAUCAAAGGUUUCGUGGUAAAUGCCGCCGAUGGAGAUACCAAUGGGACAAAUGGUGGUGGUGGUAAUGGAGGUAUUCAAUUGAUUUCACAAACCAUUAUGAAAUAUUUGAAGAUCCCCUGUGCCGUGUUGAUGGGUGUAAAUUUGGCAAGUGAAUUGACACUGAAUCGCUAUUGUGAGGCCACUUUGGGUUGUCGAGAUAUGAAAAAUUCGAAGCUGCUGAAGGAUCUCUUUAGCACACCAAAGUUUCGUGUAACUGUUAUUGAUGAUGCUGAUUGUGUUGAAGUUUGUGGUUAUUUAAAGCAUCUAAUUGCCUUUGCUUCGGGUAUUUUGGAUGGCCUGGAGUCCAAUGAAAAUACCAAAUCUGCCUGCAUCAGAUUCUGUCUCAUUGAAAUGUUACGCUUCAUCGAUGUCUUCUAUCCGGGCUGUAAAUUGUCAACUUUAUUUGAAAGCUGUGGCAUUGCCGAUGUGUUGACAGUUUGUGCGGGUAGUCGCAACAGACGUUUAGCCGAAGUAUUUGUUAAAUCGGAAAAGAGUAUUGAACAGCUGGAAAUAACGCUAAUGGGUGGUGAAAAGGCACUGGGUCCCGAAACAGCAAAGGCAGUUUAUUAUAUGUUGCAGCAGAAGGGACUUCCGGCAAG